UAAUGCUGUCGUUUGAGUAAUUUUCGUAGACAUAAUCGAGGACCCGGCUCUUUCCGGAGGAGGACGGCUUCUCGACGUCUUUUUAUUCCCGGUUCUCUCUUUUAAAAAGAGCUAAAGCGUAAAGGGCGAUUUCCCCAACCGGUCUCCUCCCACGUCGUCCAGGGUUUCUGAGAUCAAGCGAUUAGGGUUGCUCUCCAUCUCGAAGGAGAAGAAGAAGAGAUCUAGGCGAGAUGUGGGCAGCGUCGUGUCUCGCCUCUUGCUGCGCGGCCUGCGCUUGCGAGGCGUGCCGGUCGGUGGUCGGCGGGAUCAGCCGCCGCUCCUCCCGCAUCGCCUACUGCGGCCUCUUCGCCUUCUCCCUCAUCGUCUCCUGGAUUCUUCGCGAGGUUGCCGCCCCCUUCAUGGAGAAACUCCCCUGGAUCAAUCACUUCCACCAGACGCCUGAUAGAGAGUGGUUCGAGACGGAUGCCGUGCUUCGCGUCAGCCUUGGGAAUUUCCUCUUCUUUACGAUCCUGGCCCUUUUGAUGGUGGGGAUCAAGGAUCAGAAGGAUCCACGCGAUCGGUUGCACCACGGUGGGUGGAUGGCGAAGAUCGUGUGCUGGUUUGUGCUCGUGAUUCUUAUGUUCUUCGUUCCCAAUGGCCUUGUCAGCUCCUAUGAGACAAUAUCAAAAUUUGGGUCAGGAUUGUUUCUUCUAGUCCAGGUUGUUCUCUUGUUGGACUUUGUCCAUGGAUGGAAUGACAGCUGGGUCUCCAAGGAUGAGCAGUUCUGGUACAUGGCAUUGUUCCUUGUCUCGCUUCUUUGCUAUGUGGUCACAUUUUCAUUUACAGGACUGCUGUUUCACUGGUUCACUCCAUCAGGACGUGAUUGUGGCCUCAACACUUUUUUUAUUGUUUUGACAUUGGUUCUCGUGUUUGUUUUUGCAGUUAUUGCAUUGCAUCCAAAGGUAAACGGCAGCUUAUUGCCAGCAUCAGUGCUCUCUCUCUACUGCGCUUACCUCUGUUACAGUGGGCUAUCUAGUGAACCCAGGGAUUACGAGUGCAAUGGUCUCCAUAAUCACUCAAAAGCUGUUUCAACUGGAAGUCUUACCCUGGGAUUGCUGACAACUGUCCUCUCUGUUGUCUAUUCUGCUGUUCGUGCUGGUUCUUCAACAUCGGUGCUCUCGCCACCAAGCUCACCACGUGCUGGUUCUGAGAAGCCUUUGCUUCCCUUUGAUAAGGUAGAGCAGCAGGAAGACAGGAAGAAGGAUGAGGCUAAGCCAGUCUCCUACUCAUAUUCUUUCUUCUACCUCAUUUUCUCUCUAGCCAGUAUGUACUCGGCGAUGCUUCUGACUGGCUGGUCAACCUCAGUUGGUGAGAGUGGAAAGCUGGUUGAUGUGGGCUGGCCCUCUGUGUGGGUCAGGAUUGUUACCGAGUGGGCCACAGCAGCUCUCUACAUCUGGUCUCUAAUUGCUCCCAUUCUCUUCCCCGACAGGGAGUUCUGACUUCCAAGUAUGUAAGGAUAUAAUAAUUAAUGGGGCCCAAGUUCAGUACUAUUGAGUCCUAGCUGCGACUGUACAUAUGUGUCUAUAUACGUCUUUUCUGUGGUGCAUUUGUGGAGGAAUUUGUUAUAUGGAUGGAGUGUGAAACUUUGUAUGAUCUGAGAAUGAUAAAGACUUUGCCAUAAUAUGCGGAAUUACAAACAUGGUUCUUCAUGGUUGAACCAUGAGAUGAAGCAUCGUUUAUUGGCAGAUUGCAAACCACUUCUUGGUAAAUCUUAUGUCCAUGCUUCAGAGCUUUA